UAUCAGCGUACUGUGAAUGCAGCGAUGGCAGCUUCUGCAGAUGUCCACGUACGAGUAUGUGAACAAGAAAUCAUCAAAUAUGAUUUAGAAAUAAAAGCUUUAAUUCAGGAUGUCAGUGAAUGUACAGGACCACAAAGCAAACUGACAGAUUUACAUUGUAAAGUGAAAGAGAAAUUCAGCAACCUUAGACAACGGAUUCAGGAUUUGGAACAAAUGGGAAAAGAACAAGACAAAGAAUCUGACAAGCUGGACCUUCUCAAUAAAGUUGAAGGACAUCGGAAGCAAAUGCUUAGUAAUCAGACGGCUUGGAGAAAGGCAAAUCUUGCCUCUAAACUGUCCAUUGAUCAGUUGGAGAAAGAAGAUUUGUUAAAUUCAAAGAACAUGUCUGUAAGGCAUAGAAAAAUGACAAAAGAGAGUCUGGCUCAGACCUCCAGUGACAUCACAGAGAGUUUGAUGAACAUCAGUCGGAUGAUGUCACAGCAGGUUCAGCAGAGCGAGGAGGCCAUGAGCACACUAGCAACUUCAUCAAGAACAGUGCUGGAAACCCACGAAGAGUUUAAGGCUAUGUCAGGAACCAUACAGCUGGGCCGAAAACUCAUCAUUAAGUACAAUCGGCGGGAACUUACAGAUAAGCUGCUUAUUUUCCUGGCUCUCGCUCUCUUCUUGGCUACAGUGUUAUACAUUCUGAAGAAAAGACUGUUCCCUUUCUUUUGAGUGUGAUGACUGCUAAAUAUCCACAUUGUUUCAAAAAGGAGUGAAAUACACCUUGAAGGGAAAGUUCACCCAAUAAUGACAUUUCCGUCAACAUUCUUCAAAAUUCUCAUCUUGUGUCAUAUUUUCAAGUGAACUAUUUCUUAAAAGCUUUUUUCAUUUUUUCUAAAACUGCACGUGUCAGCACAGACUGAGAUGCUAUGAAGUCACCACAAAAAAGAAAAUCUAGUGUUAAAUCUGUAACUACAUUAUGGUUGCAUUUCAUUCUCUUAACAUAUUUUAUUUAUGAACAUUGUUGUAUUUAUCAAAUGGUUAUAAGUAAGACUUAAUCUAAGCUGUACAAUUAUAUCAAAGGCACUAUAAAAGCAGCUAAACGCGUUAUGUAUAAUGAAAUUGUUGGUAACAGCAUGUUUUAACUGUUUAAAGACCAAAUUACCAGUGUUUGGUUACACGAAACUGGUUGUUCUACAUCAAAAUAUUACUGGUAGACUUGUAUUUGUUAAAUGUCAAAUAAUGUUAUGCAUUUUUGGUGGAAUCGAUUACAUUAUUGCAAAUUUUGUCUAAUGAAAAAACUGUAAUUCAUUAUUUUUUUAUUAAAAAAAGCACAUGAUAUAGGUG